UAUCCGAACCGAAAACUCCUCUUUCCUGAUCGUCUGCUCAUCCCCUGAGGGGACGUCGUCCAGCCGAACAUGUGUCGACCAUCCCAUAAGAAGGCGCACAUGCGUCUGUCACCUCGUCAGCCUGACGAAGAAAAAUCGAAGACUGUGCAUACAAAUUGGUGUUCCUGGGUGAUCGGGGUGUCUGCUUUUCUCUGCUAUUUGAACAGCCUAACCUGUGGCUUAGUAUUCGAUGACCAACCAGCUAUUAGAGAAAAUAUGGACCUCAGGCCUACAGCUCCUCUAUCCAAUUUGCUCUACAAUGAUUUCUGGGGAACUCCAAUGAAUAGAGAGGAAAGUCACAAGUCGUAUCGUCCUUUGUGUGUUUUAACUUUCCGUAUCAAUUACUGGCUUCAUGAACUAAAUCCCUUGGGCUAUCAUUUGGUCAACACAAUUCUUCACACAAUAGUAUGCUUGCUAUAUUAUAGAUUUUGCUGUGAUUUUUUACCUUCCACUCCAAGCUUUGUAACUUCUAUGUUGUUUGCUGUUCAUCCUAUACAUACCGAAGCGGUAACUGGUGUUGUGGGACGGGCAGAACUGCUAUCGUCCAUAUUUUUUCUUUUGGCAUUACAGACGUACAUACGAUCGACGCGCCAAAAGGGACCUAAUGAUUACAAAACUUUGCUAAGAUGUAUCAUGUUUGCUGGACUAGCUAUGCUUAGUAAAGAACAAGGAAUCACUGUUGUUGCUGUUUGCGUUACAUACGACAUAUUUCUUGUGCAAAAAGGCAGCCGUGCGCCCCUGGUGCCAGACCGGGCUCCCCGGGGCAAAAUCAAGGGCCCCACUCCGACUUGGCGGAAAGAUUUAGUCCUUCGAUUGCUGGUGAUGACAAUAGGAACGGCCCUGCUCUUGGCUGCCCGAAUGAAACUCAUGGGGACGAAACUUCCAGUUUUUAACAAAUUUGAUAACCCCGCCUCUGUGGAAAGUUGGCCAAUCCGUCAUCUUACUCACCAUUAUUUAGUUUCAUUCAAUGCUUGGCUCCUGUUUUUCCCUUCAGAUCUGUGCUGUGAUUGGACGAUGGGAACUAUUCCACUAGUAACUUCAUUCUUCGACCUGAGAGUGUUACCUACCGUAUUAUUCUAUGCUGUGAUAUGUAUUUUUGUGUGGAAAAUCUUUAAAUCAGAAAUCACGAUAUCUAAACGAAUUAUAAUGGGUGUCUCACUGUGUGUUUUCCCUUUCAUCCCCGCUUCGAAUCUCCUGUACCCCGUGGGCUUCGUCGUUGCGGAGAGAGUGCUGUACAUACCCAGCAUGGGGUUCUGCUUUCUAGUGGCUCAUGGAUGGCAUCUUCUCUGUCAGAGAGAGAGAAAGCAUAAAUUUUUUCUACAAAUGUGUGUUGUGAUACUCUUGUGCCUUAAUAUUUCAAAGACCAUUAAACGCAACCUAGACUGGAAAGACGAAGAAACCCUAUUUCAGUCUGGAUUACGAAUUACAAAAGAAAAUGCCAAACUGUACAAUAAUUUAGGACACGUUAUGGAGGCAAGAGGAAAAUAUGAGGACGCCUUGCAGUUAUUCCUGAAAGCUGCAAAUGUUCAGCCUGAUGACCUGGGUUCGCAUCUCAAUGUGGGGCGGAUGUACAAUCUCCUGGGAAGGACAGAAGAAGCUGAGAAAGCGUUUUGGAUGGCCAAAAACCUUCUUCCGAAAGUUCGACCAGGCAAAACGUACCAGACGCACAUCGUCCCACGGCAUUUGGACCUCUUCUUAAACCUUGGAAACCUUCUUUCCAAAAAUCAUUCCAGAUUAGAAGAAGCACAGCAGUUGUACAAAGAAGCUAUCAGCAUGAAGACUGAUUAUAUCGAUGGGUACAUGCAGAGGGCGAGUCUGUUAUUGAAAUUGAACAGAACGGAAGAAGCACAUGAUAUGUAUAAACAAGCCCUGAAAUAUGACCACAUGAAUCCGGACAUUUUUUAUAAUAUGGGCGUUCUGCUGUUAGAACAGGGGAAGUCUCACCAGGCAUUAGCUCGCUUCGAUCAAGCUCUACAGGUGGAUCCAGAACAUGAAAAAUCUUUAUUAAACUAUGCGAUAUUGACACAAGACUCGGGAGAUUCAAGUCUGCGUCGACUGGCUCAUGAAAGGCUGCAGGUGUUGCUGAACAAAGGGCGUCAGCCAGAGAGGACCUACUUCAAUAUGGGCAUGCUGGCAAUGCAGGACCGGGACACUGCGAGUGCAGAGAAUUAUUUCCGAAAAGCACUGCAGCUGCGAGGCGACUUCGACGCCGCCCUCUUCAACCUUGCCCUCGUUCUGCACGAGACCCGACGGCCCCUCGAAGCAGUCCCCUAUCUGCAGAGGCUCAAGAACCGGCAUCUCAAGGGGCUCGUACUCCUCGGAAACAUCUACUUCAACGACCUCAAGAACUACACGGCGGCACAGCAAUGUUAUGAACUCAUCCUUAAGAAAGAUCAAAACCAUAUACCUGCUCUCCAUAAUCUCUGCGCCUCGCUGUUCCAGCUGGAUCAGCUGGAGGCCGCCGAAACCUGUCUACUGCAUGCCAAAAAACUGGCGCCACAGGAAAGGUAUAUCGAGCACCAUCUUAACAUCGUACAGCAAAGGAGGAAGAAAUUAGCUUCAAGCCCUUUCAAAAACACAGCUCCUGAAACUGCGUUCUGUACUGACUCCAAAUCAAACUGUAACGAACCCAUAGAAACGGGUAAAACGGAAAAUCCCAAAUUAUCGUUCUUUUUAGAAAAAAGAUAGGCGAUAACAAGGACGAUGUGAAAUUGUGAUAAACUGGAGAUUUGUGAUGCCAGCUAUAUAUAAAUAUAUAUGAUACAUAUGCUUGCCUGUAUGGAAUUUUGCUUGAAUAUUUAUUGGUUGAAUGUUGACUACAGAUGUUUUUAUACAAAAAAUAUAAAUAAAAUGCUAAAUGU